UUGUAACUCAAACCUCUGUAGGAAUGGGUUUGGAUUUGUUCUUGGAAAAAAUCGAACCAGCUUGCUUGUUCUAUAAACUGAAGGGGGGUUGAAAAUUUUGGGAAAGCCCAAAUUUUUUUUUUUCUUGGACUGCUGACGCGUACAGCGACUACGUGCUGUGGUGCUGGAGCCCCGUGGAUUGUUUAGUAUCCUCCCAGCUUCCACCAUGUUACCUCUCUCUCUAGUCUUAGCGGCCUUGGUUUUCCAGGCAGAGGGUUACUUUGCGGAGGAAAAGUAUCCGGAGGAGUCGAAAAUGCAGCCUCCUACCGUGGUUAUCGCUAUCAUAGCCAGAAACGCUGCCCAUUCCCUGCCUUACUACCUCGGAGCUCUGGAGAGACUCAACUACCCCAAAGAUCGCAUCUCUGUGUGGGCUGCCACGGAUCACAACUUAGAUAACACCACAGCCAUACUGAAAGAGUGGCUUACUGUCAUGCAGAGAUUUUACCAUUACGUUGAGUGGAGGCCCAUGGAUCAGCCCACGUCCUAUGCAGGAGAGCUGGGUCCUAAGCAUUGGCCAAACAGCAGAUAUGAGUAUGUGAUGAAGCUGAAGCAGGCAGCGCUGAACUUUGCCAGAAAACGCUGGGCUGACUACAUCCUGUAUGCUGACACAGACAAUAUCCUCACCAACCCAGACACCCUCAGCCUGCUAAUAGCAGAGAACAAGUCCGUCAUUGCUCCCAUGUUAGAUUCACAGGGAGCGUACUCCAACUACUGGUGUGGUAUCACUCCGCAGGGAUAUUAUCGUCGAACAGCAGAGUAUUUCCCUACCCGUCACCGCCACCGACUGGGGUGCUUCCCGGUGCCCAUGGUCCACUCCACCAUGCUGCUGGAUUUAAGGAAGGAGGGCAUGAAGAAUCUGGCUUUCUACCCUCCUCACGAGGACUACUCAUGGCCCUAUGACGACAUCAUCGUGUUCGCCUUCUCCUGUCGCGCUGCAGAGAUACAGAUGUACCUGUGUAACAAGGAGCGCUAUGGCUACCUAAACGUCCCGGCCAAACCUCACCACACCUUGGAAGAUGAUCGCCUCAACUUUGUUCAUGUCCACCUUGAGUCCCUAAUUGAUGGUCCUCCCAUGUACCCGUCUCGCUUCGUUCACAUGUUCCCCAAACAGAGAGACCUCAUGGGCUUUGAUGAGAUAUAUCUGAUAAAUCUGCGACGCCGUGCUGACCGCAGGGAUCGGAUGUUGUUCUCUCUGAAUGAGCUGGAGAUUGACGUCAAGGUGGUGGAUGCUGUGGAUGGGAAUGCACUGAACAGCAGUGACAUUAAGAUCCUGGGCGUUGACCUGCUACCAGGCUACUACGACCCGUUCUCUGGACGCACCCUGACUAAAGGAGAGGUGGGCUGCUUCCUCAGCCACUUCUACAUCUGGAAGGAGAUAGUGGACUUGCAGAUGGAUAAAGCACUUGUCUUUGAGGACGACGUUCGUUUUCAGUCUAACUUCAAACGACGAGCCCUCAAAAUGAUGGAGGAGGUGGAGCAGGUGGAGCUGGAUUGGGACAUCAUAUAUUUUGGCAGGAAGCAGGUGAAUCCUGGAAACGAGGAUCCUGUGGAGAAUGUCCGUAACUUGGUGAUGGCGGACUACUCGUACUGGACCCUCUCUUAUGCCAUCUCGCUACAAGGAGCCCAAAAACUGCUCAAUGCUGAACCGCUUUCCAAGAUGCUGCCUGUAGAUGAGUUCCUGCCCAUCAUGUAUGACAAACAUCCCAAUGAGGACUACAAGUCCCAUUUCCCCAACAGAAACUUACAAGCCUUCAGUGCACGCCCUCUCCUGGUCCAGCCAUGUCACUACGCUGGUGAUCCCCAGUGGGUGAGCGACACGGAGACGUCCACUCUGUGGGACGAUGACUCGGUACGCACCGAUUGGAGGGGUUCCCACAAGACCCUGAAAGGGGCUGCGCCGCCACCCGAGAUGCUGUCAGCUGCCUACAGGGAUGAACUUUAGUGCGGAGCUGACGUGGCUGUGGAGGACAUGCAGGUCAAAAGGCCACAAGGUCAGAGAGACAGAUGCAGAGAAGAGGAACUGCUCUCAGACCCUUUCCAGUCUACCUUGUGUCACACCACUGACAUGCUCAGUGUCAUUUGGACCUGGACUAUGUUUUUUUCAAAGCAUGUUAGUAAGUGAAUGGCACAGGAUAAUUUUUAACAACAUAAGGGACGAUGUUUGUUGAGAUGUAAAAGCAAUGGAUGUGUGCAUCUUAGUAAUUCAGAUGCUUGAACGUGCACAGCAGAUUUUUCUCGAGAACAAUCCACCCUUGAGAUUUUUUUUUUUUACUUUAUUCAAACAUAUUUAAUAUUCUGAGAGUUCAUACAGUUUGUAUGGCUGAGGUCAAGAGCAUCUUUGUUUGAAUGUGUGCUUGUAAUGGUGUGUGUGCUUCUAAUGAUUGCAUGUUGCAUGUGGAAUGUUGGCAGGUGGCUUUAUAAGGACUGUCUGUUGAUCACAGACUGAGGAUCCAGUAGUUACUCUGUUCACAACUCCUGGCAAGUUUGGACGAAAGUCUCAGACUGUUAUUGCUAUUAUUUCUCUUUUUUUCCAUGUUGUCAUAUCUAUCUACUCCAUUUUUCCAUUUGUGCAUAUCUUCCACUGGUACUGUUAAGAGAUACAGUUGUAUCUAAGGCAAAGAUUAACCCUGUUGAAUAUUUCCCUUUGCUUCAUUAACAGUUUUAAAAUUGAUGUGCUUCAUGGUUUCCAGGGACAGAAUAAGACUGUUCCAGUGGUACCAGAUUACAUGCAGUAAGUGUUUUGUUAGUGAAACUAACACAGUGAAUGUUUGCAUAUGAACAAUUUAAGCUUCUUUAAUUUUUUUUUUUUUAACAAGUCAUUACUAUAACUGAAAUAACACUGACUUGGGUUAGGGUUAGGGUUAGACUACUCUCUAAUUGAUGGCCGUGUUUCAUAUUUGGCCACACAACUUGAACUUCAUGUUCUGAUUGCCUUCAAGUUUUUGUCUCCACACUUAUUUUUUACAUUUUUAUAUUUUUAUUUAGAUGCUAAAAUGGCAUUGUUCAAUCGUUAAGGUUUAGGUUAAAUCAUACGUAACAGUUCUAACUUUAUCUACCAAAAAGAGAAGAGUAUAAUGCCAGUAUAUCUGGCAUUAUACUCUCAAGCAGAGCUCUACAACAGGGGGGUCUGUGACCCCUAGGGGGUCCGCGGAGGUACUGCAGGGGGGUCAUGGAAUUUUUGGUUGAUUAGACAAUUUUUUUAAUUUUUUCCCCCACAAAUUUAAAUGUCUAUAAAAAUACGUUAACAUGAAUUGAACAUAUUAGUGAAUGGAUGGCAGGAGAUGUUAUCUUUCAAUCAGAAAUGCACAUAUUUAGCGGCACACAGGAGCUCUCUCAAGCUGGGCACUGGUUCACUCACUGCACGAGACUAGACCUGUCCCUCCAAGCCUUCUGCACACUAAGAGGGGGACUCACCCCUUUCGCUGCUGUGCCAAUCAUUUGACACAAUUCAAUUGGCCUAGAGCCUAUUCAGUCCCGCAGCUAACUGAGAUCCCAGACACAAUUUGAAAAGGAGAGACCUAUGUUUAUAAAUGGCAGUGACAGGGCCACCCUACUCACUGUACCCUGCACAUGUUUAAAAUAAAAACAUUAAUAUAGGAACCUGUGUAUUGUUUGAAUAGCUUUGUACGGAAUGCCACAUGCCUACCUGAUCAACAUGCCUUCCUUUAUACUUAAAAAAAGUACAAGUGACCCCACAUGUAUUGUAGCAGAAGUCUUAAUAAGCCAUAUUAAAGCACAGCCUGUAAUAAUAACCUUUUUGUAGAAUCACUAGGAUCCUUUUCAAUGUAGGAAUGUGUUGACACUUUGAACAGGGUUGCAAUACAAGUAACUGAUGUAAUUCUGACGUCCCUCGUGGAUUUAAAUUACAAUGAUCAAGUUACGCUAAACGUAUGCCACAUUCAUAUGUUUUUGCAUCUAAGAUGGUCUAAUGUCGUGCAUUCAUUUGCUCUCAUUAUGUGUGUUGCUUUUCCUGCGUAUGUCUUAAUUUAUUUGUUGAGUCACUCUUGAUGUGGUUGACAGACGAGUCACACGACAUGAUUUACAACAUGCAAUUGAAGUGCAAUGGCUUUUCUACCAAAAGCCUCUCUCUCUAAGCGUCUUUGAGCAAUAAAUUUGUACUCACGUUAUAAAACAGGAUGUUUGGGUAAAUGUU